GGCUAGGUACCUACCUAGGUACAGCUUUAAGCCCUGCAAGAGCGUCAGACUUUCAAGUUGCCUUUUGCAUAUGUAUCGUUAAUUCUUCAACAUUUCUUUGCAUAACGACCUCGACGUGAAGUGCUGGCAAGACAGAAAUCUCCUACCAUUAUCCUCCCAAAAUACCUGAUCACAUAUUGCUAUUGUCAAUAUGGCGGAUAGAUUCCCGUCGCUAGACGACUUUGAUUCUGGUGCCCAGACCGAGAUUCAAGAUGUCGGUUCACCGUCAGCGGACGACUUCCUCGCUCGCGAACGCGCCCUUCUUGGCGAUGACGCCACGCAAUUUACCACGGGCAACGAGUCUGCAGCCCUAGCAGAUCCCUCAUCCGAUGAUCUUCUGGGAGGUGGUGGUGCCGAGAGCAUCCAAUUCGAAAGCCAAUUCCCCGACAUUAGCACUUCUAAUGAGCAAGUCGCGCCAGGUGGUACCAUUACCGGCCCGUCUGUCAGCUACAACUCGGGCUUCAACGCCUACGUCGGAGAAGAGGAAGAACCCGAAGUGAUUAAGGAGUGGCGCGAGAAGAGGGAUGCGGCCAACGCCCGACGAGCCGAACAGUUUGCUGCCCAGAAGGCUGAGACUAUCAAAGAAGCUCAACAGAACAUCGACGAUUUCUACGAGAACUACAACAGCAAGAAGGAGAAGAUGAUCGCGCAGACCCGAAAAGAGGCAGAGCAAUUCCUGGCCAGUCGAGAUGACACCACAUCCGGCGGUACGAGCUGGGAGCGCAUCGCCAAGCUGGUUGACGUGAGCGGCAAAGGCCAGAAGGGCGGUGCUAGCGGUUCGGGCAAGGAGCGCUUCCGUGAGCUUCUCAUGAGCUUGCGCAAAGAUGAGAAAGCCCCCGGAGCCGAGGGAUAUUAGGGAUACCUUCAAUACUACACGCAGACAUGACUACCUAGCCAACAAAGUCUACUAGUUAGUUGAUUUAUUAACGGCAGCUUCGCGGAUGGAUUGAGACCAACCCAGGUUGUACUUAGAUAAUAUUCAUGUACGAGUAAAUAGCAGGCAUUAUAGAGGUUUCUUGUGCCUUGGGCGUAAUAGGAUGAUU